CCGCUGUACACGUUUGAAAAUGUCCUCCCUCCGCAACUCUCUACACAGACGUAAUCACAAAGAGCGUUCUCAAGUUUCUAGCCGUGCUAGGUUUGGUCUUCUCGAAAAGCACAAAGAUUAUGUCUUACGGGCACGAGACUACCACUCCAAACAGGACCGAAUCAAGAGGCUGCAACAGAAGGCAGCCGAAAGAAAUAAGGAUGAGUUCUACUUUGGAAUGAAUAGACAGAGGACUCAGGGUGGAGUGCAUGUGCAAGAUAGAGGAAACACGGCAUUACCGACGGACUUCAUAAAGAUAUUGAAGACGCAGGACGAGAAUUAUAUACGGACUAUGCGUGCUGCAGGUCUCAAGAAAAUCGAGAAAUUGAAAGCACAGCUCACAGAAUUGGCAGACCUUAUUGCUCCAUACUUGACGAGUGAAAAGGGAGCAGAAGAAGAGAGCGAUGGGCUUGAUGAGGAAGAACUGGAUGUCCUUAGACAGGCAGGCAUCAUCAAGGCACCCAAGUCACGAAGACAAACAGCGAAGCGAUCCUCAAAGCACAUCAUCUUCGUUGAAAAUGUUGAUGAGGCUCAGCGCUAUGUGAAUCGGCAGACAUCCUCGAGCAAAGCAAGAACAGAUACUCUACCGAAAGACACAGAUGAGGAGAAUGACACGGUAGAUCUAGGUUGGAGGGAUCCGGUGAAAUCGAAAAGGAAUCGAAAAGGAGAUUCAAAAAUGGACAUUGAUGAAGAGGAAGACACUGCGUUAGUCUCAGAGAGGCGGGAGGCUGCAAAGAAGCAUCGUACACGGUUACUGAAAGAACUGUCGGCACGACUAACACGAGAUACACAAUUACGGUAUGCCGAACGGGAGUUGACUAUGCAACGUGCGUUGAUGGGAAAAGGUGGCAGUCUGAAGCUACGCGGUGUGGAGAAGGUGGAGGGUGAGGACGAGGAUAAUGGACUGAACGAGGAUGAGCUGGAUUCUAUGAGAAUUAAGAGGUCCGAGAAGAUGUCUGCAAAGAAAGAGCAGGCAUACAAGCCUCGGGUGUACCGCUGGAGACUGGAGAGAAAAAAGUAGCUAGUCCUUAAUUAAGGCCAAUAUUACGGCUGACGUCAUCAUGGCUACGCUGCUGCGUGUGGUUGCAUGUACUGCCGCACUAGC